CAAAGCCUCAACUCUCCCCAAAAAAAAAUAAAUAUAUAUAUAUAUAUAUAUAUAUAUAUAUAUUUCAUUUCCUCAAAACAACCAUUUUUCAAGGGAAACAAAAAUGGGCCUGACGGGGAUUAUUUUGAUGGGCUUGCUCUUAAUGCUGUCAUCCGUUGAAGCCUACGACGGUGGAGGCUGGGACAGCGGUCAUGCCACUUUCAGUGGUGGAGGAGGGGCUUCUGGGACAAUGGGAGGGGCCUGUGGUUACGGAAACCCAGAUAGUCAAGGUUAUGGGACUAACACGACGGCAUUGAGCACUGCAUUGUUCGACAAUGGGUUGAGCUGUGGGGCAUGUUUCGAGAUUAUGUGCGUCAAUGACACCCAGUGGUGCUUGCCGGGGACCAUUGUCGUCACCGCCACUGAUUUAUGCCCACCAGGUGGUUUGUGUGAUCCGCCAAACCAGCAUUUCGACCUCUCUCAGCCUGCCUUCCAACUCAUUGCGCAGUCCCAAGCUGGGAUUGUUCCCGUCUUCCACCGAAGGGUAAGUUGCGAAAGAAGUGGAUGAAUAAGGUUCACAAUCAAUGGGCAUUCAUACUUCAAUCUGGUGCUAAGUAUAAGUGGGGUCUAAAGGAGUUUAUUGGUGUGAGGGAAAACUAGGGUAGUUUCCACGUAGGUGCAAUGUGCCAGCUAGGCUGUGCCCACAUGGCAUGGAAAAUAGACGGUUUCAAAACCUUGGUCUCAUCUCAUUCUUUAUUUAUGGAGGAGACGUACACAUAUAGAAUUUGUAUUGUUUGUCGUUUGUUUUCAAUUCAUGUUGAUUUGAUAGCAUAUUCAUAUUGGCCCAUACUGUAUCAUAUGGGGAACUUUGUGUUGCCGAAUGUAUAGGCUGGAAACUUGUGGGUUUUCUUCACCUUGGGCUCAUAUGUAGGGCCCAAGUGACCAAGCCCAUACCUUUAUUUUUCCUUAAAUGUAUACAUAUAGUUGUGGUAUUUCAAUUUUUGUUGAUUGGA